AUGUCUUCCACCACAGCGCAGCCCCUCAAAGUGACCCCAGCAACAUUAGCCAAAUCUCCGACAGAGAGCUGUUCACAGGAAAAAACACCGGUUGCUACGAACCCCACAUCGAUCCAGACCAGCACCGUGAAAUUGGACAGUAUCUCAAGUCCGCAUGAACUCACCGCUUUUGUAGAGACAUUAUUGGAACAGCUGGAUUCCAAGUUCGAUGAAAUGUCGUCUCAGAUUCUAGAUCGCAUGACGCAGAUGGCAACAAGAGUUGAUGCCCUUGAAGCUUCAAUACAGGAUAUCAUUAGUGGCGAUGUACCUCAGUCACCUUCAAUGUGA